AGACGAUUCGGAAGAUGGAGAUACUUCAAGUAAUCCUUUAUUUUUCACUUACUCUUCACGCAUCUUGCUUGAUUUUCGAAUCGUCUGCUAACUUAAGUUUCAAAAGGAGAAAACGAUUUGCAGCAUAUGAUUACGAUGAAUUUUUAUUGCAAGAUGAUUACGACGAAGAUUACAGUGAGGAAUUUCCCGGAACGUGGAAUCUUCCAAACACUGACAUUAAGUCUCCUUGUUACGAUGAAAACAACCUUCCGCAGCGAUGCACGCCAGAGUUCUCAAAUGCAGCUACUUACAGAAACAUCCAAGCUACCAAUACUUGUGGAGCAGGUCCAAAGGGUCCCAGAGAGUUUUGUCGUCAAAUGGGCACACAGUGGGCCCGUGCCUCAUGUGAGGUAUGUGACGUCACGAUACCUCACAGAUCUCACCUACCUCACCACAUGACAGAUUUCAACACCUACCGUAAUCUUACCUGGUGGAUGAGUGAAACUAUGGAAGAUGGUCCCGACUAUCCAGGACAAGUCAACCUCACUUUGGAUUUUAGAAAAUCAUUCGACAUAUCAUACGUUCGCCUUCGUUUCUAUAGCAGUCGACCAGAGAGCUUUGCUAUAUACAAGAAAACGACAAUGGAUUCAGAUUGGGAGCCCUAUCAAUACUACAGUGCCACUUGCAACGAAACGUAUGGGGUACCGGAUGGAACGUACGCUUCCAGAGAGAAUGAAACAUUGCCACUCUGCACAUCUGAAUACAGUGAUAUAUCUCCUCUGACUGGUGGUACAAUUAUAUUCAGCACUCUGGAAGGAAGGCCAGGAGCAUAUGAUUUCGAGAAUAAUCCACAACUUCAGGUACAUUUUAAUCAUUUUCGCUCUUGUGAGACAUUUCUCUUUCGGUUCGUUUACUGAAAUCCUCUUAAUGAUGACCGUGGACUUGCUGAUAUAGCUUAUUUAUUUCAUGACUCUGGGUUAUAUAAUUAUUUACAAUAAGUUACAAAAAUGUACAUGAACUGUAGAAUAUAAUAUUCCGGAGCGCUACUGCUCCCUUCUGGUUCAUACUUUCUCUACAUUCUCAACUCUUCCACGUUCAAACUAAUACUGAUC